AUGUUGACAUCAAGAGCAAUGCUAGAUAUGUAUGGAUUGAUUAUUAUCGGUAAUAGUGGUGUGGGUAAGAGCUUUUUAGCUAAUAUUAUUCUUGGUAAACAUCAUUUCAAGCAUGAUUUUUCUGCUCGAUCUGUAACACAUCGAACUGAAUCAACAACAUGCAUAUUGGGUGACAAACAUUAUAGAAUUUAUAACAUUCCUGGUUUGAUUGAAGGUGACGAAGAACGUAUCGCUCUAAAUAGACGUGAAAUCAGCCGAGCAUUUGAAGAACAGAAAGAACAUCCACUUGUUGUUAUUUAUGUAUUUGGACAUCAGAACGGGAGAAUUCGAAACGAAGAUAUUGUUACGUUUCAAGCCAUUCAUAACGCUUAUACACUUAGUCCGAAUUCCUUAAUAAUAAUAGUUAAUGGACUACCUCCUGAUCGACCCAACACAUAUAAUAAAAAGACUCGAGCUGCACACAUUGAUUUACUUGGCAUGAAGCUAGAUCAAAUUUGUUAUAUUGAUCAUCUCAAUUCAGUUGACAUACACCAAGAGGACGUUCGAAAAUAUUUAAUUGAUACCAUUUUAAAUGUUCAUCCUCGAAUACACAUUAAAACUAACAAUAUUAAUCUGAUGACUGAUGACAUUUUCGAACUCAAAGAUGAUCUCGACAUAUUGAAAAUUCAAAUCGAUAACGAACGAUACGAACAUGAAGAUGUAAUAGGAAGUAUGGAGAGAGAGUAUGAAGCGGUUCAGCGUUUAUCAGUUCUACGACGUUUAUUUUGUCAAGGAAAAGCUAAUCUUUAUCGAUUAAAAAGUUUUCAUGAACAGGAUAGACAUUUGAUAAGUGUUAUCGGACAAUGGGAAGCAGAAGAAAUCGCUUAUGCAGAUGAUCAUUCCUCUGAUCAUUAUAUUCUAGCUGUAACAAAUAAGCAAGAUGCUCAAGAACAAUUAACAAAAAGUUUUGCUACACAACGUCAAAUUAACGUUGCACUAAACGUAUGUCAAAAAGAUAUUGAACAAAUUAGUUUUGAACUUGAGCAAAUUUAUGAUGGAAGAUUUGAUCGUGAGUAUGAACCUAUCCGUGAAUAUUAUGUUCUUCUUGAUAAUUUGCGCUUUGAUCCAAGUGUUAUUAACGUACAACAUGAUUUUAUCAAUAAUUUAUGUGCUUUUACAUGCCGUCGUUAUGGUAAUAUUGACUAA